AUGUUGAGGUUGCUUAUAUGUCUUGUAUUUGCUUUGCUGGCUAUUGGUCGUAGGACUGAAUGUGAUCUUAACAAGACAAGGAAUCUCCUUAACGAACAACGUAUAGACAAAAGGGCUCUGCCUACCUAUCAAGGUUUAUUGUCGGCAAUUGAACAAUGCGAGGGAGAUGAAUGGGUCCGGUUGAAGAGCGAGGUAUAUUAUAAGAUAGGUGUUGUGCAGCUAUUAUUAGGUCAGGAGUUGAGGGCGAUGCAUUCGUUUGAACAUGUUUCGCCUACUGAGGAGUCUCCAUUUCAGAAAUUGAGUGACGCCAGAUUGCGAGACCUAUACAAGAAAUUUGGUAAGUGGAACAAUAUUGAUGAUGAAGAUGAAGAUAAGAUAGAAUAUUUUAGCUUAUUGGAACGAUUGAAGUUAGAUAAAGCUGUUGAUUUGAAUCAAGUGUAUAUGGAACUUGCUGCUAUUUCUCCAUUGAAUCAGCAAUUAAUAGUUGAUUACACAGAUAUCCUACUUGAUGAUUUGAGCGAUUCCUUUGAUCUAAAUACAGCUCAGGCAGUUGCAGGAAACUACCAAAUGCUUUUGGACAAGCAUUCUACAAAUAUAACUUUAUCGGACAGGCUUAAUUUACAUUGUCAUCUGGCAACCAUCCAAUGGUUUAUAUUAAACUCCCAACCAGUUUCAAAUUUAAAACAGUGUUUAGCUAUUGAUAUGGAUUAUAAGCCUUGUAGGGACAUGAUGCAAAUAUGGAACAAAUGGAACAAGAGCAUAAAAAUUUCUUCAUAUUCUUUGUCUACAUUGGAGGACUAUUGCGCUUUAAAACCUUCUGAUUACAAAGAUAUUAUUGAAUUUAUCUUUAAAUCUAAGAAGCCUCUAUUGGGAAAGAAUAGUGCUCUAUUUUCUAAAAACAACUAUUUGUUUAUCCAAAAGUUUUCUGAUGAUCAACUAGCAGAUCUAGUCAACAAUCCUCCUUUAUCUUCAAGGCAGAUUAACAGUAUCAAUAACCAAGAGGCUCGGACAGAAUUUCAAACAGCUCUGGAUAUCCAAAUCUGUCUUGCUUUUGAUAUGAAGUCGCAGUUAAAGACCUCGGCUAAAUACUGUGACCGGGUGCUGAAACAGGUUUUAACAAGUGAUGAAUAUAAGCAUCUUAAGCGCUACAUGUCCAAGAUGGAUUCUACAAACGGCAUCUAUGAGAUUCUAAAGGCUGCCUUUGAUACGUAUCCACAUCUUGCAUUCCAUUUGGUUGGCGCUAUCUCUGAUAGACUGGUUUCGUUUGAACACGUGAAUUCACAAGCUGAUACUAUGGAGCAUUGGCUUCUAAUUGAGAAGUUCAUUAAAACUCAUAACGUCACUAAAUGUGGCAACAAAUUUGUUAACAAAAUUAUUACACUAUUGAAUAAGAAGCUAAUGCAAAAUAAACAGCAACAAUAUCACCACCAACAGCAACAGCAACAGCAACAGCACCACCAACAGCACCACCAACAACAGCAGCAACGUAAUAAUGAUUAUAGUAAGAAAGAUUAUUACAAAGAGCUAGGUGUUUCCAAAAAUGCCAACAAUAAAGAUAUCAGGAGAGCUUAUCUACAACUGACUAAGAAGUAUCAUCCGGACAAACAGGGUCAGCUAUCACAGGAAGAAAGACUUAAGGUAGAUGAAAAGAUGUCAGCAAUUAAUGAAGCUUAUGAAACGUUAAGAGAUGAUUCUAAACGUAAAGAAUACGAUAUGGUUCGUUCUGAAGGGGCUAGCAAUCAGAGGUUCCGCGGUUCGCAACAAGCUCCUCCGCAAUUCAAUUUCGGUAGAGGGAGAAAAGGUGGAUUUAAAAUCUUCGAUAGCCCUAAGUUUUCCUUCAAUUUCGGUAAUGGAGGCCCUAAUAGAAGCAAAUAA